AUGAGUAGUAGCAGUGGUGAAGAAUCAAUUAAUAUAUCAAUUGAUGAAUUAGAAGAUAGAGUUAAUAAAUUAGAAUUUUUAUUAUUAGGUUGUCAAUCAACAUCAACAGAUUCAUUAUUAAGAAUACCAUUACCAACAUUCAAUCAAAUUACAUCUGCUCAAAAACAAUCACAACAAAACCAAAUUCAAUCAUCAGGUGGUAGAACAAGAGCAUCAAGUAUAUCAACAUCACAAUUACAACAACAACAACAACAAGAACCAAUUACAGACUCUUUAGAAAAAUUUAAAACUGUUUUAAAUAAAAUUAAAUCUGAAAAUGAAUCAAUUAAUAAUUUCAUGUUAAUAUAUAAAUCAAAUGAAACAUUAUUUAAUAAAAUAGUUGAUAAUGAAUCAUUAUUGAAUAGUGUUGAAAAAUUAGCGAUUAUAUUAUCAGCAGAGGAUGAAAUUUAUAGUACAGCUAGGAAUUUACAAAAGUUGGGAGAAUUGGAGAAAUUUAUAAAUUCAAGUUCAACUCAAUCAAUUCCAAAAUUAAAUGAAGCUUUAAAACCAUUAGAAAAUAUUCACUUUGAACAAGAAGUGAUUGCAAUUCAAUUGAAUAAGAAAUUAGAAGAAAAAGUACAAUCAUACAAUGACAUCAUUCAAGAAAUUUCAAAUAGAUUCGCAUAUUGGGAUAGUAUAAUAACUGAUUUAGAAUCAAAAUCAAAAGAUUUAUAA